UUGCACAAAAGCCCUGCCUGGUGGCUGGUGGGGAGUGUCGUGGCCGUGAGUCACACAGCAAGGCUUGGCUCACGGACAUUCUCACUCCAGCCAUUCGCACGCUCCUUAAGCCAUAACCAAGCUUUGCUGCACAGCCAUUGCCGGAGCAGCCUGAGGCCUGCCCCUGUCGUUAGCCAUGUCCGACCUGGAGUAUGACUACCUCAUCAAGCUACUGGUGCUGGGUGACUCGGGUGUGGGCAAGAGCAGCUUGCUCUGCCAGUACACCGAGGGGCGCUUCCACGACAAGUACAUCACCACCGUGGGCAUCGACUUCCGUGAGAAACGCGUGACGUACACGAACGAAGGGGCCGAUGGCACCGCGAAGCAGACAAAGCGUGUCCACCUCCAGCUGUGGGACACGGCAGGACAAGAGAGAUUCCGGAGCUUAACUACGGCAUUUUUCCGUGAUGCUAUGGGCUUCCUGGUCAUCUUCGAUUUGACCAGUGAGCAGACCUUUCUCAACGUUCGUAACUGGCUGAACCAGCUGCAGAUGCACGCAUACUGUGAGAGCCCGGACAUUGUGCUGUGUGGGAACAAGAGUGAUCUUUCGGAGCACAACAUUACGCAAAAGCAAGCCAAAGAAUUUGCCGAAAAGCACGGCAUGCCCUACUUUGAGACGAGCGCAAGGACGGGAAACAACGUGGUGCCUGCUGUGGAGACACUUCUGGGCCUCAUCAUGAAACGAAUGGAGCGCUGUAUUGACAAGUCUUGGAUUCCUCAAGGCGUGUUGAACAAGAAAGACAAGCUCCAGGAGGUGGACGAGGCGGACAGCGAAAAGAAGAAGUGUGGGACGUGUUGAGAAGCUGCUGCUGCUGCUGCCCAACCAUCUUGCCCGGAUCUGCACCCUCCACCACACCCUCACCAUGGGUCUGCUCUUUACACAAUUACCACUGCAUCAUUAAAAGUAUUCUAUUGGCAUCAACCAAUCAAUCUGCUGUGGCUCAAAAUAAAUUGAUCAAAACAUUAUUCCGAAAUUUAAACAAUUUUAGUGAUUAAUAGUAAAUAACUAGGAAUUCUGAAGGAUUACUGUAGUGUGGUACUUGGUAAACAUUUACUAGAAUUGCCAUUUUUGGGCUGUGUGCGAGGGGAAUUUUUAUGGUCCGAUUGGUUAGAGCCAGGUAUAAUUGCUUACAAUCAAUGAAAACAUCAACUAAGAUAGAAUGUCUUGAAGCAUCAACAAAAAUGUAAUUUUACACUUUACAUUGUCAUUUUUGUGAUGUCACUAAAAUAAGUCACUUUAAUCAAAGAAGCACAACUAAUUGAUUUAAUAACAAGUGGGAAAUGGGAUUGCCAUGACAAGCGUUCUGCUAUAACGGUGUGAUUCAUUGCAGUUUGGCCACUCAUUGCCGACGCGAUGGAUGAAAUGGCCUUAUUGAGUGUUCUCACAAGCCUGGAUUUAGUGUGUGCCUUAAUUUGGGGGAAGGAAAGCCUACGCCUGAGGUGUACAUUUUCAUCGCAAGAGAAAAUCAAACAAUUAUAGUGAAAUAAUGAAAUUAGAUUUCCCAAACAGAGAGCGCCUCUGAUUGGUGCACAGUUGGCUACGUACGGUGCGAGAAAAGUUAUACACAGUACAAAGCAAGUGCAAUGAACAGUCAUGCUUUUCCCAUCGUUUGAAGAGGAUGAUUAGAUCUUAUGAAAGUAACUCCAGAAUUUGAUUUGUGGUUUCUUCAAGGGCUCUACACUGAAUGUUACGCUGUGCUUCAAUAGCAAUGUUUGAGACAAGUGGCUGCAUUUGUUUAAUCUGGGAGAAAUUGCCCUGUUAAACAACGAUAUCGUUCUUGAGGAUUAUGGAGUUAAUGGAUGAUCUUCAGUCAUGCUUUGUACGUAAUUAUAUUGGCAAAGUAUUAUUUGUUUACUUUGCAGUAUAUAGGUGUAUAAUUGUAGGAUUGCACAACAAUGAUACUGGAUAACGGAGACAGAUUUAAUUACAAUGACAACUAUUCAGGUAUUGUAAAUGUACUGAUCACAGUACUGGAUACACCAAGCAAGCAUUAUCGUGCUGGUAAGUCUGGUAGAAAUAUUAAAUAUGAAUACGUCAAAUUAGCUUGGUAAGAUGUGCCGUAUUUUUAAAAUGCAAUAGUUAAAUAAACCGCUUGCUGAAUGGGAAACAACUAUUUGAUGGCAGUCUUGAGUUUUGUUUUAAAUGUAUGUCUUGAAUAAAUGCCACUUGACCAACAACCAGAUUCCCAAUUAAAAUAAUGUAUUCUGUGUUGCUCUUUUAAAAUGUUGUACACAUUCCUUAUUCAAGUACCGUAUAGACUAGACCUUAAACGUUAUCAAAUAGCUGAUGCAGCUUCAUCAUGGUUUACAGCUUAAUAUAAUUUUAAUGUGCAACCAUGAACUUGCAGUGAGGUUAACUUGAUCCUUAAGAGUCACACAGUCUGAAUAUAAUUCCAUGUAACGUAAAUAAAUGAGUUUAAAUUAGUUGAUAUCUAUUGGGUAAUAUAAAUUUUAAUGGCUAUGCUAAAUUUCGUGUUAUUGAAGCCCCACUGGAUAGGGCUCUAAACGCCAUAUGCACAAUUUUUAGUAAUAUUGUGGCAGGGCAACACAAAUACCAGUGAUCCAUAAUACAAGUUACUUUAAUAACACCUUUACUUUCGUACAUUGAAAUAGGCCAUUCCUUUAGCGUGUUGAAGGUUGGCAAACAUUUUUAAAAAUGCGCUUGAGGUGAGGUGCACGAUGCAGGACCCUCGAUGGGCUUAAGGACGCAUCGAGCAUGGUGACAAAGGGGGGAUCUGUUGUACACGCUUGUGGGCAUGUCAGAUCUGCAGAAAAUAAAUCGAAGUGGCUGGGCACUGCCCAGGUUGAGGUUACUAUUGACAGGGAACAGCUGAACACGUAAAUUUGUGGCAGCAGUAAGAGCAGUACUGCAUCCAUUUUUAAUAGAUGUAAUAUCAUUAUACUGUUGACAUGUUUCUGUGCUGCUGUGAAAUAUACAAACGCCACUUUCACCUCUUUAAAGGCUGAUUGCUAUUAUAAACGAAUUGCUACGCACAUGUCAGAAGGAGGCAUGUGAGGGUAUUGUGGUGGUUUUCUAUGAUGUAUUGUUGAGUGGCUCGUGUUUCAUCUUUGUGCGUGAUAUUUUAUUUUGUAACGACCAAAAUACAGUACAUUAUUUUUUAGUUGUUGGGGAUUUUCAUUGCAUAUUGGCUUUUGUAAACAUUUGAGUCAAUAUUGUUGGCAAGAAACCUUGCUGUAAAUGUGGGUGCCGCUUGUAAAUUGACACCAUGGGGCCGAGGUUUAUGUGUUGAUGGAAAUCUAAUUUCUGCCAAUAUUUGGUGGAACAUUUGUCAAAUCGUCACCAGAAUGUGCUAUUUUGACUUUGUGGCAACAAUUGGUGGAAAAAUAGUUCUAAACAAACAUGAUUAAGGUCCUAUUUUCAAAUGGGCACAAUUUUAGUUUCUUUUGUCGACGCUUGUUUGGGGUUUAAAUAUACAGCUCAACUCGUUUGUGCUUCUGUGCCUAUGAAAAUAAAUGUAUAAGCUGCUACAAUAUGCUUUGUAAAACAUUAAAUGCCUUGAAUGUA